GCUUGCCCCGCGCGGUGGUCUGGAUCACAUUUAAAACCACAUGUUCCUUCUCCGGGUGAGGAGCUGAGAAGAUCAGGCAGCAGGCUUGGACAGCAGUGAGACGGGUUUGAAAAAGACAGGAAGGGACGGGACAGGAUGGGACAGACCUGAAAGGGGACAGGACAGAUGUUCCAGCCUCACCUUCUUCUGCCCCAACACACACACAUGGUAGCUGCAUAGCUCCACUCUGGACUUCUCAAUCUUUCUCUCCCACAAAGUUGUCAGUAUCCAGAGGAUGUGGUCCAGAUGGGCCAUAUCCAACAUCUGUGCCAGAUCCUGACUGAUGAAGUGAACAGAAGGAGGGGAAACGAGGAUUAAGCCAGUCAGUUGAAGGCAGUCGCAAGUGUUUGAAAGUGUUGAAAUCGUCCAGACGUGUUGCGUUUUCUUCUCUUUUUUUUCCCCCUCUUAAGUGGGGAAACUCCAUUUGGCGCUUGUCUCUAUCUUUCUGUGUGUGUGUGUGUGUGUGUGGUCUUGGAGAAGCCCUCAAGGAGCAGCACUGCAGUGUAUUCGUCGUUUAUGCAUGUGUUUUGCAAGGGCUGGAUCUUCACAGUAAGCGAUCUGCAGACUGGACCCCGGAGACACUCUUGCACAAUGAGGACUCUGCUUUCUAUUGGGCUUCACACGCUGCUGCUUCUGUAUGUCAGACUGAUGCUGUCAAAGGACUCCCUGGCUUCCCUCAAAGAGAUCAAUCAGGAGAAAUGGGAGAGGGAUAUCCGGUCAGCUGCCAGUUUAGACGAGCUGCUGAUGCUGACCGACUUCCCAGACUGGAAGUUGUGGAGGUGUCGCCUGAAGCUAAAACACUUCGACUCCCUUCCGGAGUUCAAAUCGGCCUCAGCCGGGUCCCACAGAUCCACUCGCUUUGCUGCCAACUCCUACAGCCUGGAGAUACUCAAAGCCAUUGAUGAGGAGUGGCAGAAAACCCAGUGCAUGCCCCGAGAGACAUGUGUGGAUGUAGCGAAGGAACUGGGCACUACCACCGCCAUGUUCUUCAAGCCCCCUUGCGUUUCCGUUUUCAGAUGUAGCGGCUGCUGCAAUAAAGAGGGGGUCACCUGCCGAAACACAAGCACGACUUACGUUAAUAAAACGCUCCUGAGUGUCAUUCCAUUUGAAUAUGGACCGGAGCCAAUGCUGGUAAAAGUAGCCAAUCAUACGGAGUGUAAAUGCCAGGAACCGCAGCUGAUUCGCAGACAUGCACGUCCUCACAGCAGUGGCUGUAUCCCCAUCCGACAGUCAGGAGACUCCAGACGGCUGUGUGAUCAAGGACUCAUAUGGGACUGUUUGGAGGGUCGUUGUGUGCCUUACCCUUCCAGCAACCAAGAAACUUUUCCCACCCCGAAGGCAGAAGACUGUGAAAUCGAUAUAGAACGCUGUGAAUGUAUUCCUAAAGAGACCACGCCCACGCAACAGUCCUCACUGUGUCCCUCCAACUACACCUCGUGUGCAGCCAAAAGCAGGCAAUUCAACCAGACAUAGUGCAGCUGCAAGACAUAGUAAGGGGAAGUGCAGAUGAGAAGCUCCGCCCCCUGACAGUCUGCUUCUGCUGAAGCAGGGAACAAAGAUAAAUUCUAAUUUAUUUACAUUCUUAUUUAUAACACUGCCUUAUGUACACAAGUAUGUAACAUUUUAACCCCAUUUUACAUUAAUAAAAUGACUUAAAUAUUUAACAUGUAAAAAAAAAUACAAUUUAAUCACUGUAUGUAAAUAAAACUUCACGUGUUUCUGUGCACUGAAUAUAAAAUAUAACAAUUUAAA